AUGGGACGGAGGAAGUUGGAGAUGAAGCGAAUCGAAGACAAGAAUAGCAGACAAGUGACGUUUUCAAAGCGGAGAUCAGGGUUGAACAAGAAAGCACGGCAUCUUUCAGUUCUCUGCGAUGUCGACGUCGCGGUCGUCGUCUUCUCCUCUCGUGGCAAACUCUAUGAAUAUUGCAGCGGCAGCCUUUUUAUAAUUCAAAGUUUAGAUGAGAUGUCGGUGCAAGAAAUCACGUCCAUAUCGGCGACAAAUGCCGCCGCUAGAGACCCUAAAGCUCGCUGCUAUUGCAUCAUCGUUAUUGUUCAUGUGUCACCGGCCGCUAAAAUUUGA